AUGAAUUUCCUCAGCAUUAUCUCGGCGCUAUUGGCGUUGGGCCUCACACGUCCCGCCCUUGCCGCGAGUGGAAGUGACUGGCGAAGCAGAAGAAUCUAUCAAGUCGUGACGGAUAGAUUUGCACGCACCGAUGGCUCGACAACAGCAGCAUGUGAGACCGGUAGUGGCGAUUGGUGUGGCGGGACAUGGGCAGGUCUCAUAAACCGUCUCGACUACAUUCAAAACAUGGGCUUCGAUGCGAUUUGGAUCUCGCCUAUCACCUAUCAGCUGCAAGGUCUCACUGUUGACGGCGCAGCAUAUCAUGGCUAUUGGCAGACGAAUAUCAAUGAAGUUGAGGAUCAUUUCGGCACCGCGCAGGAUUUAAAGAAUCUUGCCGCCGAACUACACUCACGUGGCAUGUACCUCAUGGUGGAUAUCGUAGUCAACCACUUUGCCUGGCAAGGAUCACCUGACAGUGUUGACUACAGCACCUUCGUGCCUUUUGACUCGUCCAGCUACUUUCAUUCGUAUUGCUCGAAUAACUAUGAUCCAAGUGAUCUCACCAACCUCGAGCAAUGCUGGAUGGGAUCCACGAAUGUACCCCUGCCUGAUCUCAAGACCGAAGCGUCAAAUGUCUCCAGCGUCUGGAACUCGUGGGCGGCUCAAAUCGUUUCCGAAUACUCGAUUGAUGGCUUUCGCAUCGACUCAAUCAUGGAGGUCAACACCGACUUCUGGGCAUCAUUCCAAAGUUCAGCUGGCAUCUACUCGCUGGGGGAGGCGUAUAAUGCGGACAGCGACGUGGUUUGCGGAUAUCAAGACUACCUUCCAGGAGUCUUCAACUAUGCAAUGUACUUCCCGCUGAUUUCCGCCUUCUCGAGUACAUCGGGAAGCAUGUCGAACUUGGCGGAUAUGAUCAACGUGGUGAAGGCCGGUGGCUGUGCCGACACCUCUUUACUUGGAACAUUCUCCGAGAACCACGAUCAGCCUCGCUUUGCAUCCGUCAAUGGCGACAUGGCUCUUGCCAAGAACGUCGUGACCUUCACCAUGCUGACCGAUGGCAUUCCGGUCAUCUACCAAGGCCAAGAACAACACUACAACGCUCUCGGCGGCAGCUCCACCCCCUACAACCGAGAAGCCGUUUGGCUCUCAGGCUACAACGAAGACGCCGACCUCUACGUCCUCCUUCAACUGCUCAAUGCCGCACGAGCCAACGCCGCAAAUCAGGACUCAACAUACCUCACCUACCAAAACUACCCCAUCUACACCGACUCCAACGUCAUUGCGAUGAGAAAAGGAGAUAUGGUCACUGUCCUGACCAACGCUGGCACGAGCGGAAGCAGCUACACCCUCUCCCUCGCCUCCGGGUACGAUGCCGGCACCGAGGUCACGGAACUUGUGGGCUGCACGACUCUGACGGCCAGCGAUGAUGGAACCCUCUCUGUCCCCAUGGCUUCUGGAUUACCCAAGGUAUAUUAUCCUACUGCUUCGCUUGGGAAUGGCCUUUGUGGUGUGAGCAGUAAGCGUCGUGGGAUGAAGGUGAGAUCUGCGAAGUGGAGACAUGGGAUUGAAGAUUUUUGAGGAUUUGUUUUUUCUUUGCUUGUUGGUGGUUUUUGAGGAUACCCGCGUUGGCGAGAUUGGGUGUUGAUGUUUUGAGGCGUUGUGGUUUUUUUGUUUUUGAAUUGAAGGGAGGGAAAGUCAGUAAGCAAGCGGUAUGAUGGAUGAUGUGUAUUGUGGUAAUGUUUUUGUGUAUAGUGGUGUAGUUAGGAACUUAGGGCAUUAUUUUGAAA